AUGAACUUUACAGUGAAAAUCACACCAGAGCUGUCUCCUGGUGAAGUGUCAGUUCGACUGUCGGACGGCAACAAGAACUCGGAGGAGAUUCUGUAUAAGGGAGAAGACACGACAAUUAACUUUGACGCUGAACCAACGAAGCUGAUCAUCCGACUUAAAGCGUCCAUCAUUAAGCGGAUCACCCAGAGCUUUUACUGUAAAUACGUCGAUGUCACUCGCGAUAGGUCCGUUUUCUACUUUCCCGUCUUCCAAAAAAUUUCCACUGCAGAGAUGACCAUAGAGGAAGGCUCAGAGUUCUCCCUGCACCUAACAUACCACACCAUAGGUGUCCAAACUGUGCUGAGAAGAAUUCGCAAUUUUUGCCGCCCUUGGAGAAAACUUGAUGACAUCAAAAGAGUGUUUCUAUUUCCGAGCAAAAAAGCUGAGUACAUCUCCCAACACUGGCAGGAGGAUGCUUUCUUCGGUCGUCUGUUUCUUGACGGCUGCAACCCAAUAAUGAUCGAGAGAUGCAAUGAGAUCCCGCAGAAGAUUCCAGUCGACAAAUUAAAGGCCGUGUAUCCUGACAUCGAGGAGCUCGUAAAGAAAGGUGAAAUCUAUAUAGUUGACUACGAGCUGCUCAAUAAAGUCAUGGAGGGUGUCAUUCAUGGACACCAGCAGUAUCUGGCCGCACCGAUUGUUCUACUGCAGGAGAAAGAGGACGACCUGAUGCCCAUCGCCAUACAGCUGAAACAGGAUCCUGGGGAGGAUAAUCCUGUGUUCACACCAAAAGACAAGAAAGAGGCCUGGCUCCUGGCUAAGAUCUGGGUCAGGAACUCUGACUUCUAUGUGCACGAGUUGGUCUCCCACCUCCUGAGGACUCAUCUGCUGGGCGAAGUCUUCUUCUUCUGCACCUACGUGUCAUUGUAUGACCGUCAUCCAAUUUUGAGGCUCUUCAUGGCAACUGGGAGAUAUACGCUGCCUUUGAACGUGACGGCCAGAUCCACCCUCGUCAGUGAUGACGGGUUCUUCAUGACGUACACAGGCCUUGGCAAAGAUGCCCAGUGGACGGUGCUGCAGAAAGCAAAUAAGAACAUCACUUACGAGAGCCUCUGCCUGCCUGACGACCUGGAAAGGCGUGGUCUUAAGGACCUGAAGAAGUUUUACUACCGAGAUGAUGGCUUGGCUCUCUGGGAUGCCAUACAUGAAUUCCUUGAAGCUGUGGUGAACAACAUCUACAAAAGUGAUGAAGAUUUAUGCAACGACUCUGUUCUUAAGAAUCUCUUCUGGAAUAUCUAUGAAUUUGGAUUUGAAGAAAAACUGGAUUUCCCAAAAGAAGUAAAGACCAGAGAAGAGGCUGUCAAGUAUCUCACCAUGAUCAUGUUCACCUGCUCAGCCCAGCAUGCCGCUGUGAACCAUGGCCAGUAUGAUAUUUAUGCAUGGAUGCCAAAUGGGCCUACAACAAUGCGGCAGCCCCCACCAAAGUAUAAGGACCAGGUGACCGAGAAGUACAUCAUGAACACACUGCCACUCCUGGACACAACAUUGGAGGCCAUGUUAAUUUCACGGUUACUCAGUCACGUUCCCAAAGACUUUGUGCCCCUGGGGCAGUAUGCAGAUCAUGUUGCCAACGACCCACACAUGAGGGAGCCGGUCAAGAAGUUCCGAAACAAGCUGAAGGCCAUUGGAGCCACAAUUGAAAAACGUGCAGCUGACCAGGAAUUCCCCUACAUGUAUCUACACCCAGAUCACAUGGAGAACAGCAUUGCUAUCUGA